AUGGCGUCGGAAUGGACCAGCGGCCGGAGAACCGGGAAGGGCCGGGAAGAGCCGGGAAGGGCCGGGAAGAGCAGGGAACCAGGGGCCGGGGAGGAGCUGGGACCGGUGGGGAGGGGUCGUCGGGGGUCCAGGGGAAAGUGGGAAGGGGGCUCCGGGAGUCCAGGGGCAGGUGGGGCGCUGUUGGCCGGGGGCCUGCUGAUCGCCUGGGUGCUGUCGGGGAACGCGCUGGUGUGUGCGAGCGUGGCUUCGGAGCGCGCCCUGCGGACCCCCACCAACCGCUUCAUCGUCAGCCUGGCCCUGGCCGACCUCCUCCUCGCCCUCCUCGUCCUGCCGCUCUUCGUCUACUCCCAGUUCCAAGGUGGGGUGUGGACCCUGAGCACGUGGCUCUGUGAUGCGCUGAUGGCCAUGGACGUGAUGCUCUGCACGGCCUCCAUCUUCAACCUCUGCGCCAUCAGCGUGGACAGGUUCAUCGCCGUGUCGGUCCCCCUCAACUACAACCGGCGGCAGAUGGACGGUCGCCAGGCCGUGCUGCUGGGCACGCCCUGGGCCCUGUCCCUGGCGGUGGCCGCCCCGGUGCUGCUGGGCCUCAACGACCGGGCCGGACGGGAUCCGCGGCGGUGCCAGCUGGAAGACCGGGAUUAUGUCAUCUACUCCUCCGUCUGCUCCUUCUUCGUGCCCUGCCCGCUCCUGCUCCUCCUCUACUGCGCCAUGUUCCGCGGCCUACGCCGCUGGGAGGAGGCGCGAAGAGCCAAGCUCCGCUCCGGCCUGGGCGCUUCCCGCCGGCCCGGGCACCCUCCGCCCGCCAGCCCCAUCCGCACCGUGUGCCGCCCGGCCCCGACGCCCGGAAAGCGGGCCAAGAUCACCAGGCGGGAGAGGAAAGCCAUGCGCGUGCUCCCCGUCGUCGUCGGGGCCUUCCUGUUGUGCUGGACGCCCUUCUUCGUGGUGCACAUCACACGGGUCUUGUGCGUGUCCUGCACCAUUCCGGGCCAACUGGUCAGCACCGUCACAUGGCUCGGCUAUGUCAACAGCGCUCUCAACCCCAUCAUCUACACCGUCUUCAACGCCGAGUUCAGGAACUAUUUCCGCAGAGCGCUGCGUCUGUCCUGCUAG